AUGAGAAUUGUCAACGGAGAGAUUGUACUCGAUACAGCAUCGCUGCAAGUCGACCGCCACGCGGACGCCGCUCGGGCAGUAGGGGAGCUAGAGGAUGUUGUGGAGAAUUCUCUCACCCGCAAAAUCAACCAGGCAAGCUACGGGAAGAGGUCUAAGACCGAGUCUUGGGAUGAGGAUAUGACGGACCUGUUCUAUCGCGGACUACGCAUGUUCGGUACUGACUUCAUGAUGAUCAGUAAGAUGUUUCCUGGACGUUCGAGACGUCAAAUCAAGUUGAAGUUCAACAACGAAGAGCGCCGUGAUCCUGAAAGGAUCAAAGAUGCACUUAUUGGGCCGCGGGAGACAAUUGAUAUUGCUACCUAUUCGGAGAUGACAAACACUGUCUACGAUGAUCCAAAGGUGAUUCAACAGGAACUUGACGAGGAGAAGAAACGCAUUGAAGACCAGCAUGCCAAGGAGAAGCAGGUGCAGGAGGAGCUGCUACGAAAUCCACAGGGAACAAAUCAAGAUCCGAAUGCUCCAAUAGGUGCGGAUCAAGGCAACGCCAACAUCAAGGGCAGGUCUCGCAGCAAGAAGGCAAAGGCAAUGAGCGGCGGUACAGAAGAGAUCCUUGGAUCUAUUGACGACUUUCCAUUUUCUGUUUGA